AUGGCGAACGACCGUCUGAUCCCCCUCGUGAUCCUCCUCACCGUGGCCGCCGUCUUGGCGGUGAUCGGGUAUGUGUCCUGGUCGAUCGCACAGGAGGUGACUCGCAAGACACGCUCGAAAAUGGAGAAGAAAAAUGUGGUCUGGACAAAGGAUGGGAUGAAGGUUGGGGUGAAGGAGCUGGGUGAUGAGGAGUACAAGGACCGGAGCCAGAGUGUCCUGGUGAACAUGUGGAACCACACCUCGUUUCCUGCGUAUAAGAGUCGGUUGUGGAAUAUGACGGGGAAGACGGAGACGAGUGAGGUGGAGAAGAGGAAGACGUACUCGAAAUGA